AUGGAAGCCAUCACCCAGCCGACUGCAACAGCAACCUUGACAGAGUCUAUAACGCAGAGUCCGAGUGGAUUAGUGACCUCUGCCGAUCAGACCUCUGGGCUUACGGUUGCUAUGGAAACGCUUGGAAUGGACACUGUGAAUAGGACACCGGGACUUGGUGACCCGUCAAUCAACCCGAUCGUGGACUCGGACCGAAUUGCCCAUGACGACGAGCAUCAUCGGGUAACACUCAACAUUGACGAUAUCCGCGACCAGCUAUUUACCUGUGGUGUGUGUGUACGGGUAUUUGAGGAUGUUACGACAACUAUGUGCUGUACGUUCAUCCUGUGUGUUGCCUGUGUUAAUCGACUAGGUGAACGCACUUGUCCCAAUUGUCGUAACGACAACCUGAGUCUUACUCGAAACCCAAUGGCCAAGCACGUCUUGCAAGUGUUUGAAUAUACGUGCCCCAAGUGCUCUCAGCACUUAAAUCCCAUUACAAGUGACGGUCACGUCUGCUUUGCACCCCCGGUAACAUCGAUAGUUGUCCCGGAUACUACUGUCAUCGACCCUAACAUGUAUGAUGAUGUACCGGCGUCGCCAGAGAACAUACCAUCAUCCCCAAUGUAUGUUCCUACAUCCCCGGUGUAUACAUCUACAACCUCUGACGGCUCAAGUAGUGAUUCCCGAACCACUACUCGUUACCCUCCUCUGCGUAGAAGGGGAGCAUUAACUUACCGGAAAAUUGCUCUUCCACCAACCCACGAAUUUGCUCGACUAGUCAACAAAUGCCUCCAACCAACAGUUAUCAUACGGAGCAAGUUGCACGACCAGCACGAAUGGAUCAUCUUUGAGUUCCGCAAGCUUGGGUUGGGUGAUUCAACUAUUGCUGCAUUUGUACGCCAGCGACAUAGACUUACCCACGUGAUUAGCGGUAGGGCUGUCCGAUGGGUGGACGGAGCUACCAUCCUUGCGUUGGAACGCGAGCUGUUAAAUUAA